ACCCAAAAAGCAAUGAGGAAGAAUUGAAGAAUUGCAUACAAGCAGCAAUUGAAGAAUUGAACUAGUCACGGAGUGGACCAGACUGUUAAUGUUGAUGUGAAGAGGAAGAAGAAAGAGAGAGACGGAGGAGGAGGUCGCGUGGGUCUGGUGCUCCGAUGUUAAAGCACUAUUGGGUCGCUUUCUUUGUGGUGGUUUCAUGGGUCGUCAACUUCAGAGUUUUAGAUGCCAGUGCUGGUGAUGCUGAUCCACUUUAUAGGGCUUGUGUAAAACAAUGUGGAGAAACCGGAUGUGUAGCGCAGAGAUGCUUUCCACAGUGCAAUUUCUCUUCUGAUGGGGUCUCCGUUGAUGGUCCGUGGUACAUGCAAGAACCUCUUUAUAUGCAGUGGAAACAAUGGGAUUGCCAAAGUGAUUGCCGUUACUAUUGUAUGCUUGACAGAGAGAACAAAAGAGAAGCAACUGGUCAUGAUCCAGUCAAAUAUCAUGGUAAAUGGCCCUUCAAGCGUGUUUACGGGAUCCAGGAGCCUGCUUCUGUAGCUUUCUCUGUGCUCAACCUUGCAAUGCAUUUCCAUGGUUGGAUAUCCUUUUUCAUCCUUUUAUACUAUAAAUUGCCUUUGAGACGGGAUAAGAAGACAUACUAUUACUUUGCCAGUUUGUGGCACGUCUAUGCUCUCUUAUCAUUUAACUCCUGGUUCUGGAGUGCUGUGUUCCAUAGUAGGGACGUGGAUUUGACAGAGAAAUUAGACUACUCAUCUGCAGUGGCAAUACUUGGGUACUCGCUCAUUCUGUCCAUACUAAGAAGUUUUGAUGUGAAGGAUGAUGCUGUCAGAGUGAUGGUUGCGGCUCCACUGCUGGCUUUUGUAACCACCCACAUAUUGUAUCUCAACUUUUACAAACUGGAUUACGGGUGGAACAUGCAAGUUUGUGUUGUCAUGGCAGUAGUACAACUUCUUGUUUGGGCGAUUUGGGCUGGUGUCACUCGCCAUCCAUCACGUUGGAAGCUGUGGCUGGUAGUAGUGGCAGGUGGCCUUGCAAUGCUUCUAGAAAUUUAUGAUUUCCCUCCAUAUCAAGGGUUUGUGGAUGCUCAUGCGGCCUGGCACGCCACCACUAUUCCCCUAACUUACGUUUGGUGGAGUUUCAUCAGAGAUGAUGCCGAGUUCCUAACCUCGAACCAAAUGAAGAGGUUGAAAACCUCUAACCUUGCAAAGAAGGCAAAAUAGUUGUUUCUAUAUGGUAUGACCAUGUGAUGCUUGAGCACGUAGCCUUGUCUCCAUUAGCUACUGGAAAUUGCAGUUUUCCCCCUUUUUCUUCAGUCUCUCUGUAUUGCAAAUUGUGACAGUUGCGCUAGGGUACUGAUGCACAAAAAAGACCAUCAGAAGACCUUUAUUUAUUUAUUUUUAUUUUAGAGUGCUGCUAAACGAACCCUAAAA